CCUCCAACCGGCCCCGGGAGGGAGACUUGGUCACUCGGUGACCGGCCCCUUGAGACUGAUGGCCGGGCAGCUGCGGGGGGCGGAGGGGGGCUGGGACCAGCGGGACAAGAGGGACAAGAGGGACACCAGGCCCGUGUGUGAGGAACAUCAGGAGGAGGUGAAACUCUUCUGCGAGACGGAGAGGAAGAUGAUUUGCGUGAAUUGCCUGGACCGCAGAGACGAGAGGAGUCACACCGCCCACAACUUCAUGCUGAUCAACGAAGCUGUCGACAUCUACCGGGAGAAGAUAAACACUGUCAUCUACUCGCUGAAGCAAAAGAAGACCUCAUUUCAAGACAUUGAACUAAAACAGCAGGAAAGCAUUUCGGAAAUUAAGGAACAGUCGACCAGACUGCAGACGGUGAUCGACACGGAGUUUGCCAAGUUGCGCAUUCUGCUGGACGAGAAGGAGAAGAAGCUGGUGAAGGAGCUGAACGAGGAGAAGGACGAUGUCCUGCUCAGGAUGCACAACAACCUGCAGGAGAUACGCGAUAACUCACAGGACACCCAGCAGAAGCUGUCCUACAUCGAGAUGCAGCUCAACCAGCAGGAUGCCCUGAGCCUGCUCAUGGAAAAUACAACAGAGGAGCCGAGUGAUGAAGAAUACCAUCCCAAGAUAGCAGAGGGCAGUCUGACACUGGGGGCGUAUCAAGGGCCCACCCAGUAUCGAGUGUGGAGGCAUGUCAUCGACAUCAUUAAUCCCAACUGCAGGCCUCCAACCAAAGGAUAUCAUGUGUGAUUCGCAAGAAGAUGCUUUGUGAAACACAGCAACAUCAGGGAGGAAGGAACUGCAGAUGCUGGUUUAAACUGGAGAUAAACGCAGAGUAACUCAGCGGGUCAGGCAGCAUCUUAGAUCAGUUUAGCUUCAAGAUACAGCUAGUGUUGCCAACUGUCCCGUAUUAGCCAGGUCACCCCACAUAUAUUGGGCUAAAUUGGUUUAGAAACAUAGAAACAGAGACAAUAGGCGCAGGAGGCCAUUCGGCCCUUCGAGCCAGCACCGCCAUUCAUUGUGAUCAUGGCUGAUCGUCCCCAAU